AAAAGGACGUUGGUGCCGCUCGCUUGGCUCGAGUCUCGAACCCCCUCGAUUGACGACGGGUGGGGCGGUGCGCCAGUAGAAUCGCUGCCGGCAUACGCUCGGUUCCUACCUUCUUUACCUCAGUGAUUUGUCUUCGUAAUCGAGAUUUUGAUUGACCGGUUGGUUGCAUUUUGGAGGUGACUAUCGGAGAUCCGAUUUUUUUUUUAAAUUUUUUUUUGGGGGAUUGGAUUGUAUUGAAUUGGAUUUUGAAGAGGAAGAGGUGGAUAAGGGAGAUCGAGAUUUAGAUUUGGUUGAGAUUUUAAUAUUUGGAUCGGGGAAGCAAAUAUGACUUCCGUGAAGUCGUCUCGAUCCAGGGCCUCGGGCCCGGCCCCGGCCGGGCCAAUGGCACCAGCGGCGCCCCAGGAAAAUGGGGGUGGAUCCGGGCAGGAUCCUGGAGUCCAGCUCGCCGAUAAGUUGAAGAUCUUCAAGACUGAGAAUUUCGAGCCCAAUGCCUACGUGCAGUCCAAAUGCCCGACGAUCAACGAAAAGGAACUUAAACAAUUAUGCUACUAUUUGCAAGAUCUAAAGAAGGCUUCUGCUGAAGAAAUGCGUAAAAGUGUUUAUGCAAACUACGCAGCAUUUAUAAGAACAUCCAAGGAAAUAUCUGAUCUAGAAGGUGAACUUUUGUCUAUCAAGAAUUUUCUUGGUGCUCAGACAGGUUUAAUCCAUGGGUUAGCUGAAGGUAUUAACAUUGAUUCCCUGCAAGAAGGUUAUGAAGGCAGUGGAGAAUAUGACAUAUCUAAUGUGGAAGAUGAAGAACCUUCAGAUCUCGAGAAGUGGGCAGAGGAGCUUCCUGAUAGGCUAGAAGUUCUAUUAGCUGAAAGGAGAGUUGAUGAAGCUUUAGAUUCUCUCAAUGAAGCAGAAAAACUAGUUGCGGAAGCAAAACAAAAGCAGGCUAUAGGUGCUCAUGAACUUUCAUUGUUGAAGAACACCAUUUCUAAACAUCGUAAGAAAUUAGCUGAUCAGCUUGCUGAAGCUGCUUGUCAAUCUUCUACAUGUGGCGUUGAGCUUCGAGAAGCUUCUGCAGCUCUCAAAAGACUUGGUGAUGGUCCUCGUGCUCAUAGUUUAUUGCUUACUGCUCAUUAUCAGAGGCUUCAGUACAACAUGCAAGUUAUUCAUCCCACCAGUAUGUCCCAUGGAGGAGCAUAUACUGCAGCUCUAUCACAGCUAGUGUUUUCUAUUAUUGGUCAAGCUUUAAAUGAUUCUCAAGCAGUCUUUGGUGAUGAGUAUGCUUCAGAACUGGUUGUGUGGUCUACAAAACAAACAGAGACCUUUGCACAUCUUGUUAAGAGGCAUGCAUUAGCCUCAGCAGCUGCUGCUGGAGGCUUACGAGCUGCUGCAGAGUGUGUCCAGAUAGCCAUUGGACAUUGUUCCUUGCUUGAAGCUCAUGGGAGGUUGUCACUUUCUUCUGUUCUGAUGCGACUUUUUAGGCCUAGUGUUGAACAAGCACUGAGUGCUAAUUUAAGACGAAUUGAAGAAAGUACUGCUGCGUUGGCAGCUGCAGAUGAGUGGGUACUUACUUUUCCACCUGCAGGUUCAUACACAUCAAAUAAAACAUCUACUACAUUUGUGGGUAACCAACCCAAACUUUCAAGCAGUGCACAUCAAUUUUAUGCAAUGGUUCAGGAUUUUUUCGAGGAUGUAGGGCCACUUUUAAGCAUGCAAUUAGGGGGAUCCACCAUGGACGGUCUUCUAAAUGUCUUCAAUGCAUAUAUAAGUCUGCUGAUAAAUGCAUUGCCAGGUUCAAUUGAAGAUGAGGCAAAUUUGGGUGUUCAAGUGAAUCGGCUUGUUCGAAUAGCAGAAACUGAGAGCCAACAGUUGGCUCUACUAGCCAAUGCAUCUCUUUUAGCAGAGGAGUUGCUCCCGCAAGCAAUAUUGAAACUUUCUCCCACGCAUCAGGCUGGUGGAAUUGAUGAUUCACGUAAAAAAGGGUCAGAACGAAACAAUCGUCUUCCAGAACAAAGAGAAUGGAAAAAGAAGUUGCAGCGAUCUGUUGAUAGAUUACGAGAUUGUUUCUGUAGGCAGCAUGCCCUUGAUCUUAUAUUCACAGAAGAUGGUGAGUCUAAUAUAAGUGCAGAAAUGUACAUAAGUAUGGACUUGAACUCCAACGACGAGAUUGAGUGGGCUCCUUCGCCAAUAUAUCAGGAAUUAUAUGCAACAUUGAGUAGAAUGGCAAGCAUAGCCUCAGAUAUGUUUGUUGGUAGGGAAAGAUUUGCUACCGUGUUAAUGAUUAGACUCACUGAGACAGUCAUAUUAUGGCUUUCUGAAGACCAGGGUUUUUGGGAAGAUAUUGAACAAGGACCCAGACCUUUGGGUCCGCUUGGCCUUCAGCAGUUUUACCUUGAUAUGCAAUUUGUGAUCCUCUUUGGACAAGGCCGAUUCUUGUCUCGGAAUGUUCAUCAAGUUAUCGUAGAGAUCAUUGACAGAGCUAUGCAUGCAUUUUCUUCAACGGGAAUGAAUCCUGACAGUGUUCUUCCUCCUGACGACUGGUUCUUCGAUAUUGGUGAAGAAAUAAUAAACAGAAUUAGUGGAAGGACACAAUUUGGCAACGGAGAGAGGUACCUCAACAGCCCUUCAGCACAAUCCAUUUCAUCAUUCAAAUCGCACGGGAGUUUGUAGUCCUAUACGACUUCCCCCUAGACGAGGUUCUUGUAGGAUAUUCAUUCUUUGGCUUAUGGUUUAUUCGCAAUGGGUUUUGUGUUCAACAAUGUUGAUUUGUUCUUAGCAAAUUUUAUCAAAAGUUUCAGAGUUUGCGAUUCGUGCAGUCCAAACUCCGUCUUAUAGGUUUUUUUGCAUCAUUUUUUUUCUUAUCAUUGUUCACACAAACUUA